UCCGUCAGCCCGCUGGCGGUUGGUUGAGGAAGUUUGUGUUAGUUCUACCUGUCGAGUGUGUUGCUGUUAGCUGAGCUGAGGGUACAGAGACUCGGACUCCAGACAUGAGCUCAGAGCCGGAUCCGGAGCAGCUCGCUGAAAUAGAGCUUCAGAAGGAGGAAGAGGAGGAUGAGGACGGUCAGAGGACAGUCCCUGGUGGUCCAUCGGUUCGUCCAGGCAGCAGCUUCAGUCCUGAUAGCUCUCACCCGUUCUACGAUGUGGCCCGUCACGGCAUCAUCCAGGUCUCCGGUGACGACAACUAUGGCAGGAAGCUGAUCAUCUUCAGCAGCUGCUGUUUGCCUCCGUCACACCAGCUGAACCACCAUCGCCUGCUCGAGUACCUGAAGUUCACGUUGGACCAGUACGUGGAGAUGGACUACAUCCUGGUUUACUUCCACUAUGGUCUGAGGAGCAGCAACAAGCCGUCUCUGAAAUGGCUACGACAGGCGUACAGCGAGUUCGACAGGAAGUACAAGAAGAACCUGAAGACUCUUUACGUUGUUCAUCCUACCAACUUCAUCAGAAUCGUCUGGAACAUUUUCAAACCUCUGAUCAGCCACAAGUUUGGGAAGAAGCUGACGUAUGUGAACUACCUGGAUGAACUGAGAGAUCACCUGAACUACGAGCAGCUCAUCAUCCCUCCUGAGGUGCUCAGACAUGAUGAAAAGCUGCGAGCGGCUCAGAGGAGCGGGCCCCCUCCCUCGGUGAAAACGCCCCCGCCCCGACCCCCCCUGCCCACACAGCAGUUUGGUGUCAGUCUGCAGUACAUCAGAGAGAAGAACAGGGAGGCGAUAAUCCCACCUGUGAUCCGUCAGACUGUCACUUACCUGAAGGAGAAAGGUCUGAGGACGGAGGGAAUCUUCAGGCGAUCGGCUCGUGUUCAGCUCAUCAAGGACGUUCAGAAGCUCUACAACCAGGGGAAGCCCGUGAACUUCGAUGAGUACGCCGACGUCCACGUUCCUGCUGUGAUCCUGAAGACGUUUCUCAGAGAGCUGCCUGAGCCCCUGCUCACCUUCAGAGUCUACAGCCAGGUCCAGGAGAUGCUCAAUGUGGAGAGCAUCCUUCGUGUGACGAGGUGUAAGCAGAUCGUUGAGAGUCUCCCUGAGCACAACUUCAUCGUGGUGAAGUUCCUGCUGAGCUUCCUGCACCUGGUGUCUCAGGAAAGCAUCGUGAACAAGAUGAGUCCGUCCAACCUGGCCUGUGUGUUCGGGGUGAACCUGGUUUGGCCUCGUCACGGUUCCAUCUCCCUCACCGCCCUGACGCCCAUCAACAUCUUCACCGAGCUCCUCAUCGAACAUUUCCACACCGUGUUCGGCUCCCGCUGCCCACCUGGACAGGUAAUCCCCUGAACCAGCAGAUCAGCAUGUCACAGCCCCUGGACCCAGGUCUCUCACUCUCCGGGGACGUUGUUAGUUUUUUCCCUUUUCCCCCGUCCUCCAUGUUUGUCAGAGGACGGUUCCUCGUGACUCUGGAGGCCUUUUUUAUUUUUUCCUCAUGGCACCGUUUAGAUUUCUGCACAGAUAAAACUCUGAGUCUGAGACGUCUCCUUCAGUGUGGACAGGAGACGGACUGUUAACUUUCUCGUCUGCAGUUUGAGACGAUGUUGAGAUCAUGUUGAGAUCUGUGACGCUGAGGACAGGUGGGUGGGACAGGGUGUCCUCCUGAAGGUCAAAGCUUCAGUUACUCACUGCAGCUCCACGACAGCUGAAUGUUUGAGCUGUAGAUUUAAACGUUUUACAGUGUAAAAAAAACUCUUUAGUUUAUUAAAAAACUUUUUACCAGUUUGUUGUGAACUUUGACCAAAGUGGUUUUUAAAUCGUGUGUAAAUCACUUGAACAGACACAUGAAUCUUUUGUUCUUGAAUUUUAUUAAUGAUUCAGUUUUUUGUAAGAACUCGGUACAAAAAAGUGAGACUACUCUUUAACCAUUUACCAACUUCCAUCGAUCAACUUUUUAAUGCAUCAUAAAGAAGAGGAAACUACAUUGGCAUAUUUAAGACAAACACUUUCCUAUACACACUAUCCACUGGACAGUCCCUUUAUCAAUGACAAAGAAAAAAUUUCUACUUCCACAGCCAACAGACAUUUUCAUUUCCAUCUAAACACCUCGUCGUGUCGUCGCCUCUUCAUGGCAAAAUAAUACAUAGAACGCUGUAAGCUAGAAGUCAGAAUGCAGAACUGGCAAACAAUAGAAAACCCCAAUGUUCUGUUUUCUUCUCUUUUUUUUUUUUUGCUCCUUGAUAAAAGAAUAUAAAAAUGUUCUAACUUUUUUUCUUUGUUCAAAUGUUGUGUCGUGUAUUAAAAUAGAUCUGUUUAAGCACUGCACAGUUUCUCCCGGAGAAGAUUUUAGAAAUGGAUGAAGAGGUGUGGGUGCAGGGCGGGUGCAGGGUUUCUCUUUUCCUUUCAGGGGGAGGAGGGCGUGAGGAGCUGAUAUGGUUUCCGUCCACCUGGAGCCGCCUCGCGGCCCUGCAGCUCUCAGGCAAGUCGGAGUGAUCGCACAUCUGCUGUGUCGGACACAGAACCCGGGAGCGUCCGGGCUCCACGCGCUGAAAAGCUGAUAGGAAGUGUUUGGACUGAGGACACGGACCGAGGACACGGACCGACACACCUGACGCCUCCGCGUGCUUCACGUACGUUUGAUUCUUCGGCUGCAAACGAGAAUUUUCCUGAAAGUUUGAUCAGGCAUCUCCCUCUGACCUGUUUGUGCACUGGCGGUGGCGGAGCCUCGGCUGUUCGCCUCCUGCAGGAUGUUUACGGCAGGUGUGACGUCAUGUGACCUACCUUCCAGCAGAAAUCCUCAGUGUCUAGCAUGUCAAUGGAAGCAGAGCAGAGGGAGCAGCUGAAGGUGUUUCCCUGCUCCACGCUCAGCGUGAACUCACCUUCCAGGUGUUCUGUGGUGACGAGGCCGAGGGCGACCAUGAAGGCGAUUUUCUGAAAGAGGCAGAGGAGACGUUAAUGACGAGGUGACGCGCUGAAGGACUCUCAGCGUCUGAGGAAACAUCCUCCACUCUUCAACCUGUUCUGACAUUUUACUCUGAAAAUAUUAUUAUAAUUACUGAAUUGUGAGAUUUCCUCUGCUGUUAACACGACAUGAAGCGACAGUUAUAAAAGUUUGUGGAGAAUAAAGUCUGUAAAUGAGAAAUGAAUAUUCAGGGUUUGUGUUACUGUGUGAAAAUGACAGAGCUGUAAAAUAAACUGAUAACAUCAGACUGA